AUGAACCAUUUGGAUUUACACUCAGCCGCGAUGAGCUUUGCAACGAGAUAUUUUCAGUCGCCGGAAGAAUGGGUGAGCAAAAUUCAUUUUUAGAAAUGUUUGUACAUUCUAUUUUUCAGGCUAACAAACCGGUCAGAGAAGAUAUCGAGAAAAACGAAACUCACACCUCGCUGAUAUCAACUGGACCUGUAAGUUUUAAAGCACUACUGACAGGAGUGAAAUUUUUUUCUCGUCUUUUUGGUUUUGGUUUAUUUUUAAUAGAACUCACAUCAACUAAAAAUUUCAAAAUUCUAAAAUCAAGGUUUCAGGAACCCUCUCCUGAAUUAUGUACAGCAAAAGAGCUUGGAAAAAUGAUCCCGGCGCAAGAAAAACUUAAGGUCAAGGUUUCGUUUGAAAAAAAUCGAAUAUCUACAUAAUUCCCAAAAACGAGUCAAUAAAAAUAAUGAAAUAUAUAUUCUGUUUGCUGCGACUUUUCGAGCGUCUGCGUCUCUCUCUUCCCUCACCGGUAAGGUCAGAGAAACAUAAAAACAGCACGGAAACAUGAGAGGGUCGCCGAGAGGCGAGGAGGGCGUAGAGAAAAUUCAGCAGUUUUUAUUCGCGAAAAAACAGUGUAUAUUAUCUCUGAAAAACUUAGGAUUAAAGAUUUUCUAAAGGACAGAAAAAAUAUGAAACCAAGACCAGAAAUUUUGAAACAAACUUAUCACCCCUAAUAAACAAUCCAUUCAGGUGUCCUUCCCACGACUUCCAGAAGUAUGGAAAGCACCGCAGCUUCUGAACAGAUUAACUGCAGAGCCAGGACAAUCAAGACAAAAUGAAGUCAGUUUCUCAUAUUUUUUAGAAGCUGAUGGUCUUGUAAGAUAAAAAAUUCUAUGAAAAAUAAGAAAGAAUAGUCUGUGUGCCACGACUUGAAAUUUCACGGAACGACAUUCCGCUUUGCCGCUGCGCGCCUUUGCGAACCUUGGUCGCUUUUUUCAUUUUUUUUUUCUUUUUAUAAGGAACUCUACUUUCAUGUGCUCCCAGAGCAACAAAAAUCAAUUGAAAGCGAGUUCUAGAUUCGAAAAACGCUUCGCGAACGCACGCAGCGGAACAGCGGAAUGUCGUUCGGUGAUAUUUCAAGUCGUGGCACACAGACUAUAAUAAAAUUGUCUUCCGGAAAUAAGACCGAACAUUAUUCUUUCUUUCUUUUCUUGCUUGUUGUCAGAUAAUCGAGACAGAUUCUUAUUCCAGAUAAUAGAACAAACUUGGAAAGCCAUCAGAGAAAUCGAAGAGGAAACUCAGAAAAAAAUUGAUGAAGAUGAACACAAGAGGAUUUUCAAACAGGAAAUCUUGUCGAAGCCCGAAACAGAUAUUGAAAUAAUCACGAAAGAAGAAAUAGAAGAAGUUUCUGUCGUUGAAAGUUCCAGUCAGGGAACGUAUGAACCACAAAGGGAAGGACUCAAGGAACAGCAAGAAAAAACGAAGGAAUCCAGUGGGAAUGUCGACGGCGCACGGAAACUUCCGACUACUGUAAGUGACUUGAAAGAAGCUACCAAUCCAAGAAAAAUAUAUAUGAUAGUAUAAAUUAUAUAUACUGUAUAAUGAAGGGAACUGGGAAAAGAGAACUGAAAGAAUCGGAAUGUUUCAACCAAAAACUCGAGAAAGAAUUGCAAUUUCUAAGGUAAAAAAAUGAUGAUAAGAACAUGAGAUUAGAAAAAAAGAAAGUAUACAUUAUUAAAAAUCUGAAUAAAUAUAUAUCACAUCAUUUUUUCCAACCAUCAUAUUAAUCUUUCAACUCAGGCACCUUCAAAAAGGUUCCUAAAAUGGCCUUUUAAAUCAGCCAAAUCAGCCCAAGAUAGUAUCGCAGAGGCUGAAGAAGCGACAGAGCAGGAGGUUAAAUUUUUUUUUUGCAUUUCCUUUCGUGUAAUGUCAUAUUCAGAAUUUUUUUCAGGAUGUCUCCGGAGGACUUACGAUGUGUACUAAUUCACAACCAACGUUCGACAGUUCCGCUUCUGAAAAUGAAGAAGUAGUAGAGCAAACAGUGAGUUUCACUUUUCACUAACGGAUUUUUGCAAUAUGUAUCCAUUAAAAACUUUCCUUUUUCUGACUUGAAUCUUGGUUUUUCAGGUGGAAGAUGUCCAAGAAAACAAUGAACCGGAAGUUUCGGUCGAAGAAAUGUGGAAAGCCAUCCAAGACGAAACGCGGAAAAAGUUAGAUGAAGACAAGCAUCGAAGGAGUUUGAAGUUUCAAGCGGAGAACAAAGAAAAACUGAAGACUGAAGAACCGAAGCCGAAUCAAGUCAAUGACUUGAAAAUAGAUUUAGAGAAGACCGGUUUGAAGCUGCAAACGGACCUGAAUGAUCGGAAAGAAAGACAUUUCUGAAGCUGAAGGCAAGGAAAUCGAAAAAGAGAAGAAGAAGAACAAGAGGAGCUCGAGGAACUUCGAAGAAAGGCCGAAGAAAUCGAAAAUGAUUGUGAGGAGAUUCGAAGGAAGCGGAAGGAGAAAUCCGAGAAUUGGAAAAAUGAGCUCGAUGAAAUGAUGGCGGAAUCAGAACGAGAUCUUCAAGAAUUCCUUCGGGUGAAUAUUGAUCGAAAAAAUUACAAACUAUCGUGUUUUUAAAGAUCUAUGAAGACCCAAAAUUCAGAUGGCCACCGAAUUCUUGAGAAGACGACAAUGGAACCGGCAAGUCGAGGAGAAUUGGAACAGGCGGUUGAACGCCCAGAGAACGAGUUUCACACCGGCUCUCGACAUUUUUAAGAGUUUCGAGAGGGAGGUUUGGUAAUUUUUUCAGAGAAAUAACUUUGAAAAUCCUUUAAUCUUUAUUGAUUUUUUUUUUGGAGCGUAUAGUCUGUGUGUCACGACUUAAAAUUUCCCCAAACGACAUUCCGCUGUUCCCGCUGCGUGCGUUCGCGAAGCGUCUUUCGAAUCUUGGUCACGCUUUCAAUUGAUUUUUGUUGCUGUGGGAGCACAUGAAAGUAGAGUACCUUAUAAAAAGAAAAAAAUAAUAAUAAGCGCGACCAAGGUUCGCAAAGGCGCGCAGCGGAACAGCGGAAUGUCGUUUGGUGAAAUUCCAAGUCGUGGGACACAGGCUAUACUUUCAAGGUAACAAUUAUUAAGAAAGAACAGUUUUUCUUUUGAAAAUUUUCAGACAAUCUCUAUAGUCUGUUCAGAUUUUGAAUGUCAAGUGCAAUGACGUCAUUCAUAAACACUCUGUGGAUGGCUCGCUCUCUGAUUGGUUUGUCGCACCAUUAGGGGCGGGGCUUGAGCGACGACUUGACAUUCAAAAUCCGAACAGACUAUAUAAGGUCUCAAAAGAGCCACUGAGCAUUUUUGUUUAGCAAAAAAAAUCACCCAUUAUACAAACUUACACAAAAUAUCAAAGCAAAUAACUAAAUUUUUUUCUUUCAUGAUAACAUACGAUGAAAAUUACAGUUAACACGACGCAAUUACAUUCUCCAAAGUUCGCCCUCAAUCCCAACAGAAAAAUCUUCCCUUCUGAUCGAGGUAAGGCUUUUUUUUCAAUUUGAAUAUCAUUAUUUCAUCUUUCAGUUCGCUUUCGAGAAAUUCCUGCACGCUCUUGAAGCAUUAUUUUUCUUAUCUUCGACGGGAGCAGUACAUAAUGUCCAACCUUUACGAUAAUCAUCAAAAGGCGUUCCUCUGCGACAUUAUUGCAAGUUUUACUUUUGAUUUCAAAAAUUUUUGUUCAAAAUUGUUUUCAAUUCAAUUCAAUUUGUUUAUAUUUCGCAACGUCGGGAUGGUAUGGUGAUUUUGCAGGGAGGGAAAAAGACCACUAGGUGGAUUAACUAACCCCACUUUUGUCAGUAAAAAAAGUGCAGAAAGUUGUAUAGUCCGUUUUUCGCGACUUGGGUGGGAUUUCUCUGCGCCCUCCUCAUCUCUCGACGUCUCUCUCAUGUUCACAUGCUAUUUCCAUUUUUCUCUGACCUCGACGGCGAGGGAGCAGAGAGACGCAGACGUUCGAAAACUCUCAAGUCGCGGCGGAUGGACUAUAACACAUACUAAAUCCUGAAGUGAAGCGAAAAAUGAUGGGUGAUUCAAUUUCCCCAUAGAGCGACAUUGUCUAUUUAACAGAAGAACAUUUUUUUCAAUCAGCUUCCAAAAUCAAUGGAAUUUUAACUAUUUUUAACGCCACAUUAUGAUUAUUUGAAAUUAUAGGAAGUUUUGGAAAACUCAAUGGACAAACUAGAAGAAGUUCAAAGAGUUGCCAAUUCCUUGUGGGAAGAGUCGUUAUUGGUAGGUUCGCAUUUCUAAGUCUUUAUUGAUGAACAAGAACUGCAGACGAGCCACACAAUGAUGGAAAGCGACGUCUGGAAGUUACUGGUUGAAAAAAUGGCGGCUCUGAAUGAAGUUUUGAGAAAUACGCCAACUGUAGAAAGUCUCAAUGAGAAAUAUCGCGAUAGACAUUGA